AUGCGACCUUCGGCGCCCGUCAUCUGCCUGGCGCUCCUCUGCCUGGGGCGCUCAUCUCUCGCCAUCGACCCCUCCUGGUACAACGCCGCCACCACCUUCAGCGGCAUCGCCACCUUCUACGGCCUGGGCUCUCACAGUGGCGGCCACUGCGUCCUGCGCAACCCCUUCCCCGCCUACUACGACAACCUGACGCCGCUGGCCAUCAACGCGCCCAUGUACGACGGCUCCGUGACCUGCGGCAUGUGCAUGCGGGUGUGGGGCGAGGGUGUUGGCAUUGGGACGACGCCCGUCAUCGGCCCCUUCAUGGCCUACGUGGCAGAUGAAUGCCCGGAGUGCCAUUACGGCGACCUAGAUUUGGCGGCGGACGGCGACGGCAGGUGGGAGAUCCAGUGGGAAGCGGUGCCGUGCCCGGACGGUCCCAUCACUUUCUACUUCGAGGGAAGCAACCCCUUCUUCCUCAAGGUGCAGCCGCGGGGCAUGAAGACGCCCGCGACGCGCGUGACAGUGGGCGGGCAGGCAGGAGUGAGGACGCCGGACAACUUCUUCGAGGUGCGCAACGGGGCAGGCUUCAGCUUCCCGGUGGAAAUCACGGUGGAGACGGUGCUGGGGUGCGAGUACAGAGCCCAGCUGGGCGGCUUUGGCAACAACGGCUUCGGGGAGGAGCGACCUGAGGGCCUGUUGAACUAUGUCUGCAACGGACCGGGAGGAGGGGAUCUGUCUCCACCGGAGCAGGUGGUCCUACCAGAGCCGUUUCAGGAGGUGCAACAGGGCCUAACGUCGACGGGAGACCAGGGUGGAUGCUCCGGCUUGUAUGGACAGUGCGGCGGGAUCAAUUAUAGCGGGGCGACCUGUUGCAGCGAGGGAGGGUGCACAGAGCUCAAUGCAUACUACUCGCAGUGCCUGUAG